ACUUCACCGUACUGCAACAAAGUGACAAGUCACGGAAACAUUUUCAUUCUUAUCUUUAUUACACAACACAAACCUAGUUAGUUAUCUCUCCACUGGUCCAACUUGCAUUAAAAUCGGCUAAUCCAACAGAACAGAACCUUCCUUCAGAUCGAAUCCCCUCAUCUUCGGAGCUUUCAUCCUUACUUUCUUCACUCUCUCUAUUCUAUUUGACUCCUCGAAAACAGUAAGAUUCAUCCAGCUGCAGUUGAAGAAGGGCUGUGAGGAUGUUAGAGAAGGUGGAAGAGUUUAACAUGGACAAGGUGAUUGAAGAAUUCGAGUCACUGACAAAGGAUGCGGAAAGGGUUCAGAGGGAAACGCUGAAAAGGAUUUUGGAGGAUAACGCGUCAUCAGAGUAUUUGCUGAAUUUGGGUCUUAAUGGAAGAACUGACCCUGAGAGUUUCAAGGCCUGUGUCCCACUUGUUACCCACAAAGACUUGGAGCCUUAUAUCUACAGAAUUAUUGAUGGCGAUUCUUCUCCUAUUCUCACUGGAAAAUCCAUCAUAACUAUGUCUUUAAGUUCUGGCACAACCCAGGGGAAGCCAAAGUAUGUACCAUGGAAUGAUGAAUUGUUUGAAACCACAAUGCAGAUAUAUCAGACCUCUUUUGCAUUUAGGAACAGAGAGUUUCCUAUAAAAAAUGGGAAGACUUUAAGCUUUAUAUACGGCAGCAAACAGUUCAAAACAAAAGGGGGUCUCGCAGCUAGAACUGCUACAAGCAAUUUGUUCUGUAACGCACGUUACAAAUGUGGAAUGAACGCACUCCAAUCUCAAUGCUGCAGCCCAGAUGAAGUGAUUUUUGGUCCUGAUUUUUACCAAUCAUUAUACUGCCAUCUACUGUGUGGGCUGAUUUUCCGUGAGGAAGUUCAGUUGGUGUCUUCUACUUUUGCGCAUAGCAUUGUCCAUGCUUUUAGAACCUUUGAACAAGUGUGGGAAGAUCUCUGUAAUGAUAUCAGAGAAGGGGUUCUUACUAGCAGAGUCACUGUUCCAUCCAUUCGAAUGGCCAUGUCCAAACUGCUCCAACCAAACCCAGAAUUGGCCAACCUUAUCUACAGAAAAUGCAUGGGAUUGAGUAACUGGUAUGGGUUGAUACCAGAGAUUUUUCCAAAUGCUAAGUAUGUUUAUGGCAUAAUGACUGGGUCAAUGGAGCCUUAUUUGAAAAAACUGAGGCACUAUGCAGGGGAGCUACCUUUGUUAACUGCUGAUUAUGGAUCUUCUGAAGGAUGGAUAGCAGCAAAUGUCAACCCAAAAAUUCCCCCUGAAUUGGCCACUUAUGCUGUUCUUCCUCAGAUCGGUUACUUUGAAUUUCUUCCUCUUAAAGAGCUUGAGAACCCUACUUUCCUCUCUGUUGAUCCUCAGCCAGUUGGUCUCACUGAAGUGAAGGUUGGUGAAGAGUAUGAAAUUGUUAUGACCAAUCCAGCAGGUUUGUACCGGUAUAGGCUAGGGGAUGUGGUCAAGGUUAUGGGAUUCCAUAACUCAACUCCAGAACUCAAGUUUGUUCGCAGGAGCAGUCUUCUGCUUAACAUCAACAUUGACAAGAACACAGAGAAGGAUUUACAGUUAGCCGUGGAAGCAGCAGCCAUAUUGUUAGCAGAGGAGAAAUUGGAAGUUGUUGACUUCUCUAGCCAUGUUGAUUUAUCCAAAGAACCGGGGCAUUAUGUCAUCUUCUGGGAAAUCAGUGGGGAAGCAAGUCAAGAACUACUCGGUGAAUGCUGCAACUGUUUGGACAAGUCUUUCGUUGAUGCAGGUUACACCAGUUCUCGUAAAGUCAACUGCAUUGGGCCCCUCGAACUCCGAGUUGUUAGGAAGGGAACAUUUCAGAAGAUUCUUGAUCAUUUCUUAGGAUUAGGAACCGCUGUUAGUCAGUAUAAGACACCAAGAUGUGUAGGUCCUACAAACAGCAUGGUGUUGCAAAUCUUGAAUGAAAAUGUUGUGAAAAACUAUUUCAGUACUGCUUUCAAUGCAUAAAAUUUUAUGUAUACCCAAAGAAUAAUUUGGGAAUAGCAAUAUAUAAAAGUGCC